UUCACUAACACGAAUUAUGGACAGUCGGCUGCUUCUCGUUUUUUGCCUGUUGCAGUUUCUCGUGGCCUCUGCGGCUCCCACCACUGAAGAAGUGCUUCCCGGUUCCCGUGGCUCAACCAGUAAUGGCACAGAAGGGGCAGCCGUCGGGCACCAGCCAGGGGUCCUAAAAUGCAAGCCACGACUGCAGAAACGUUCCGAGAACUUUGGCACACACGAGCCCACGGCAGCCGAAGAGGAGCCGACCCGGGACUGCCAGAUAUUUCCAGUAAUCAGCGAGCCGCCGCCCACUGCCAAGCCCCCCAGCGUUGUCCAACCACAAACAUCUCUACCAUUACCUCCUGUUCAGCCACAGCAACCGCAAAGUGUGCCAGGUGGACAUCAAGUCCCAUAUAAUGGCAUGGCUAUUAUCCCCAACGUCCCCAAUAAUGGAAAUGGCCGUCCGACAGUCUAUCAGUUUAAUGGCAACUAUGGCACUCUGAAUGGAGGCAGGUGGGUGCCAGCAUAUGGCUUCAAUCCACCAAGGGGUACCAUGAUAGCAGUUGGCGUGGUGCCUGGCGCUGUGGCCGGCCACAGUCCCAACCCCAGUUUCGUGAACAGGGUGAUUCCUGCUACUGGUAAUGCCACACCUAAUCUGGUGAUUCCAGGUAGAAAUCAGGUCCUGCCAGGGAGACUCGUUCCUGUCGGUGGCUUCUACCCUGCCACCUGGGGCCAAUUCAUACCCACUAGAACACAAGCCCAAGCCAUUCCAGGAAGGAGUGAAAUAAGCCCAAGCAAUGGAGCUGUGCCAAAGUGCCCACAAAAACUCAGAAGGCCACUCAACCGCUGGGUCCUGCAGACCCUUCCAAGACGUGGCCAGGUGCCAUUCCAGCAGCGCGCCAUUCAGGGCACUGGCUUUGCCUCGGGGUCCAGUGAGGAAUACAGAAAAGGGAAGUGAGAUGCCAGCCCUUUGGCCAAUGAGGAAGGAAGCGGCGGUGGGCUGCGUCUCCACCAGGGGUGCCACCGCUGCACGACUACAACACGAAUGGCCGUCAAAAGCAGCGGCCCUGCUGAAUUCACGACGGGACGACGACACGCAACGGACAUCCUGCUGUUUCUCCUUCUCUUCUUGUUCUCUUUUAAUGUAUUUCAGUUUGAAUGAUUUGUUUUUUUGUUAUUUUUGUUUUCUGGUCUCAUAGUACAAACUUAACAAACGUGACCUGGACGGUCUGGUGGCACUCGCAGCUCCAGUUUGUGGCCUGAUUACUGGUCACGUAGAGCUCUCCCUGGGUUCAUGUGGACUUCCUCCAUUCACCCCCAGUUUGCUGCGAGUUAUUUUUAUUGGCACCACACAAGAGUGUGAGAGUGUGCCCUGUAAUAGACUGGCACCCUGUCCAAAGUUGGACCUCAAAUCCAGUGCCCUGAUUUGAGAAAGACGGGUAGAUGAAGAUGUUUGAAUACUCGAAGAAGAUUUCAUCACCUCAGACAACGAGCAGACACGUCAACAGAGCAUGUGGAAGAAAAAAAUUAAAACGAAAUUCACGCAACGUUAUGGGAAAAAAAAAAAACAAUUCGGGACUCGUCUGACCAACUCCGCAAGUUCACCAAAUUACAAUCAUUUUAAACUCUGUAGAAGAAACCAUCUGGUUGUGCCAUUUUGUUGUACGUUAUCCUUGGAAUUAUUAGAGCGGCACAGCUAAUGUCGA